AUGCCUGAGCGACGGAUGUCACCGAUCGACUCACAAGGAAUGGGUCCAGAUGCAGCGCUCUUUCCGUGCCAAGUCUGUGGUCGCACAUUCAGUGCGGACCGGGUUCACAAACACCAGGCCAUCUGCUUGAAGGUGAGAAAGAAGCGGCCCGUCUUCCGUGCAGAGAAGCAGCGAGUUUUCAUGGAGGGUGGCAGCGGUGGUAGCGUCGCCGGGACGGCGCUGCAAAGCACCUCACAUCAUGCGAGGCUGGGAGCCAGAAAAGCCUUGCGAACCUUCAGCUCAGCGUCCUUGAACACCAAGUGGCGUGAGCAAAGCUGGAUGCCCCAGCCCACCAGGAUGAAGUAG